CCACCUCCAUCUCUAAAGGUUUGCUAGGUUCUAGUCCUUGCUGCCAUCUUGUCGUGUCGAUCCCCUCAAGACCUAAGCGAAGCAUGGCCUCUGGUUCUGAAUCCCAUGGUUGCGGAUCCCAUGACCAAGGUAGCUAUCGAGCCUGCACCGAAGCUCCACCGGCAGACAACACUAUCAUCACUCCCCAGCUCAACCCUGAGUUUGAGGCUAUGACAGCCAUGGAACUCACCGCCCACCUGAAUCACUCUCGUCGCACAUCUGACUUUGCCGACGCGGCACUUGUCUUCGCCGCACGCGAACGCAGGCUCAAUGAGGCUGAGGCCCUUAUCCACAUGAGCAACGAGCACGUGGACAAGCUAAAGGGCGAGAUCAAGGCACAUGAGUAUAGCGCCCUUAUGGCGAAGGCUCAGAUCCACCGGGCUGCCAAGAUGGAGAUGGGACUACGGGCCGAGAUCCAUACACUGCAACUCAAGGCCACCGACGUCGAGGCACGUGGACGGCAUGCCUCUGGCAUCAGUGGGUGUAGGCUCACACAGCCAACUAGUCAUGGUCUUAGCAGCAUCAAGAUGUCAUAUGGGAAAGAAGUGGAUCAUGAGGUUUCAAAAGACGUCCUCGGAGCAAGAGUCAUAGCGAGCCACAAGGUUCCAAAAGAGGAUGCACAGGGAGAAGAGGUGGCAGCAAGUCAUCAUAGUCGUUCCCAAGGAGAACAACCUGUAAGAGCCUCCAAAAAGGCUGGCAGGCAGGACGGGGUGUCCAUCUACACAUCGGUUUUUGUCGCCCUCAAGGAGAAACAGGAGCGUCUCCUAAAAAUGGAGAAGGAGAAAGCCCUUGCUAGGGAAGCUGCUGCCACAUCCAAGCAGCUGGAAUGCAGGUGCUGGUGGUCGGAUGCACCAUAUGAUGUGAAGGAGGAUUCUAAUGACGGACUGAAUGAUUCUUAG